AUGUAAGACUUAAUUUAAAAUAAUCUAAGACAAGAUGUUUAAUCGAUAGAUAAUUCAAAUAUGAGUAAUUUUACAAUCACUAAAUUAAUAUAGAUGAUUAAUUUGCAAAAAAAAUGUAAGCCUUAUUAGAAUAUGGAUUAUAUGAUUAAGCAUUUGAAAGAGUGAUGAAAAAUAAAUAAUAAAUUUAAGAAAGUUUUUAAUUACUUAUAGAACUGUAAUUUCAUUUAAAUAUAGUUAAGUGCAAGAUUAUUUAAUACAUUUAAAUAACAUAAAUUAGCUUUAGAAAUUAUUAAGCUAUCAAAUGUUUUUGAUUAAUAAUUAGAUAUGCAUCAAGAUCAAUAAAUAAUCAUUUUUAAAUAAUAUUAUUUAGAAACUUUGAUUGAAUUGGUUGAUAUUCAAGAAGCAUUAAAAGAAACUAAAAAUAUUUAUAAUGAAUAAGUAAGAAAGGUAAAAUUAAUAAAUAAACCAUAGAUAAUUUAAGAUGAAUUACAUUUGAUAGAAUCAUAAAAAAGAGUGUAAAUUCAUUAACAUAAUCAUCAUAACAAUCAAAUUAAUGAACAUCAACAUUAAUAAUUAAAUAUAGAAAUUCCAAAAGAAAAACAAUAGCCUAUAUAUAGAUUAAUAGGUCGGAAGACAUUUAUUUUAUUAUUUAUUUUAUUUUUAAUGAUUUAUUAUUCAUUAAAGAAGAAAAGUGAUAUCAAAUAAGUAUUAGAAAAAGCAAAAAUAAUAUUUAGACAAUUAUUAAAUAUAUGA